AUGUCAGCAAAUGACAAUGAUCAAGAUAUUUAUUACAUGAAACUUGCAAUAGAACAAGCAAAUCUUUCUAAACCAAUUCCAACUGCUUACUGUGUUGGAGCCUUGAUAGUCAAAGAUUCAAAGAUUCUCUCAACAGGAUAUUCAAGAGAACUUGAAGGUAACACUCAUGCAGAAGAAUGUGCACUAUUAAAACUCACCUCUUCUUCAAAUGAUAUCACCGCUGCCAAAGAUGCAACAAUGUAUACAACUAUGGAGCCUUGUAGUAAGAGGCUAUCAAAUAAUAAACCUUGUGUGGAAAGAAUUAUUGAAUCAAAAAUAAUAAAAAAAGUUGUUUUAGGUGUUAGGGAACCUGAUAAAUUUGUUGAAAAAUGUGAAGGGAUUGAUUUAUUAAGGAAAAAUGGUAUUGAGGUUGUUUCUGUGUCGAGUUUAGAAGAUGAAUGUUUAAAACCAAAUAAACAUGUUUUACAAUAA